GGUAGGAAGAAGUGAAGAGAACCCCUCUGCUUGCAAAGUCUUUGUCUCCGGAUGAACAGCGAUGGGGGAAUGGACUAUUCUAGAGAGGCUACUGGAAGCUGCCGUGCAGCAGCACUCUACUAUGAUAGGGAGGAUCCUGCUGACCGUGGUGGUGAUCUUCAGGAUCCUCAUUGUGGCCAUUGUAGGGGAGACGGUGUACGAUGACGAGCAAACUAUGUUUGUCUGUAAUACGCUGCAGCCAGGCUGCAAUCAGGCUUGUUACGACCAGGCUUUCCCUAUUUCUCACAUAAGGUAUUGGGUGUUCCAGAUCAUCAUGGUGUGCACUCCCAGCCUGUGCUUCAUAACAUACUCUGUUCACCAGUCUGCUAAGCAGAGGGAACGGAGGUACUCCACUGUCUUCCUCACCUUGGAGAGAGACCAGGAUUCAAUGAAGCGUGACGACAGUAAGAAAAUCAAGAACACAAUUGUCAAUGGGGUGCUGCAGAACACUGAGAACUCCACCAAAGAGGCAGAACCAGACUGCUUAGAAGUGAAGGAAAUCCCCAAUCCUGCAAUCAGAACUACAAAAUCAAAGAUGAGGAGACAAGAAGGCAUUUCUCGAUUUUAUAUUAUCCAAGUGGUCUUUCGAAAUGCCCUAGAGAUUGGAUUCUUAGUGGGGCAAUAUUUUCUGUAUGGAUUCAAUGUCCCUUCCAUGUACGAAUGUGACAGAUACCCUUGCAUUAAAGAAGUAGAGUGCUAUGUCUCUAGACCCACUGAGAAGACUGUGUUCUUGGUGUUCAUGUUUGCUGUCAGUGGCAUUUGUGUAGUGCUCAAUUUGGCAGAACUGAACCACUUGGGCUGGAGAAAGAUCAAAAUGGCAGUGAGAGGAGUACAGGCAAAAAGGAAAUCCAUAUACGAAAUCAGAAAUAAGGACCUGCCAAGAAUGAGCAUGCCUAACUUUGGCAGGACUCAGUCAAGUGACUCAGCUUAUGUGUGAGGCUGUGACAGAACUGAAACUUGGUGCCAGGUGGAACAGACCCAGACACCACUAGAGAAAGGUACAUUGCUUAGGCAAGCAUUUUAUCAAACCACCAAGAAAGCCAUUAAGGUAUUGGAUCUGCACUUACUGAACUAGCUGCAAAAAUGCAGUGCUAUGUAAAAGACUGAGAAAAAAAAAACAACAGCUAUAAAACCAUGCUUGAUCUAGCCUUACAGCUACUAUUAUUACUAAUUUUCUUUCUAAUGAUUGGAUGUUAUCUGUUGGUGGAGCCGGCUUUUUGGUCAUCAUUAGGAUGAGUUUACAGUUUGGACUGUCUGACUAA